CUCAAGUACAUGAAAAAUCUUUCCAACAUACGACUGGCUCUGUGGGUUACCUUCGGUGUCCACACCCACCUCAGGGGAUGCUAGAUGUUGGAGCAUCCUCAGUGGAGCUGGAGCAGAUGCGAUUACCAAUUGUUCACACCACCCAACUCGUCAGCAUUGACUCAUCAAUUCUCACCAACCGCGCAGACUUCUCAGCUCUCAGUCUCGAUCGCAUAUAUGCGAUUACGGCAUUAUUCAUUCAACAGCCGACCUCUGUUCAUAAAUAUUUAUCCCAUAUUUCAAUUCCGCAAAAGCUCCUGUCUGAUGUCGGCCACAGCUCAGCCGAGCUCAAAGGAGCCGGCCAAAGACCAGAAGGCGAAGAACAGCACCAAAGGCAAUGGAGCUGGGAAUGGCAAGAAGGAAUUGAAGAUUCUUAUGCUUCAUGGCUACACCCAAUCGGGCCCCCUCUUCCGCUCCAAAACAGGCGCCCUCUCCAAAAAUCUCAACAAAGCCCUCUCCCCAUCCCCCUUCAACCUCGCCCCCAUGCUCAUCUACCCCACGGCGCCGCACCGGCUCCGCCCCGCCGACAUCCCCGGGUAUCAACCGCCCGAGGGCCAGGACCUCGACCCCGACCUGGAGACGGACAAUUGGGGGUGGUUCCGCCGCGAUGAGGCGACGGGCAGAUACCUUGGGUUCGCGGAGGGCAUGCGGAGAGUGGCAGAGAGUGUGCGUGAGGCAGGUGGGAUUGAUGGCGUGAUUGGGUUUAGUCAGGGUGGGGCGAUGGGGGCGCUUGUUGCGGCUGCGUUGGAACCGGGGAGGGUUUUGCCUAAGGAAGGUGGUAGUGAUGGAGAUGCUGUGGUGAAGACAGAGGAAGAGGGGUGGGUUCAAGAUUUGCGAGAGGCGAAUGGGGGGAAGAGGUUGCAGUUUUGUGUUGUGUAUUCUGGGUUCUAUGCGCGAGAUGAGCAUUUGCACUGGAUGUACGAGGGGAAAAUCCAGACGCCGAGUUUGCACUUCCUGGGCGGAUUAGAUACAGUAGUUGAGGAGAGUAGUAGUACGGGGUUGGUGGAGAGGUGUGAGGGUGCUGUGGCUGUCACGCAUCCGGGGGGUCAUUAUGUACCCGUGAAUAAGGAGUGGAUUGGGGUGCUCGUGGGGUUCUUGAGGCAGGUGUUGGGUGCGAAGGUGGAGGAGGCUGAGUUGUGAGGACAUGGGGGAGGUUGAUUGCGAUUUCGACUGCCGUUUGCACGAUUUAAACAUAUAUUACAGACUAAGACUCAUAUAGAAGAGAACACAAGACCUAACUAUACUAACUAGCCUGGACACCCCGGCCUCUUUAAACCCUUCUCGUAUUUGACGCAGAACAAGAUUGGGAUAUCUCUUAGGAUACUAUUUAUUUCAUGUAGUGUCCCUUAUAUCACUAACAGGUCGGACACAG